AUGGUGGGAGACAGCAUAGAGCGCAACCUGGAAGUUAUGUACCAGACGACACACAAAGCUAUUCUCCUCAACGACUCAAGACCGACAUCGAACACAACAUGGCACCCCGCGUCUUCCUUAUCACUGAUCGACAGAUUGAUUCACGAACGAGCCAGGGCCUGGGACUGGCACCGCUUCACGGACCGUAAUAAUGGCGACCACGUCGUUGCUACAGCCCGCAACAGCUCAAAGCUGAAGUUUGACGAUGCAAACGACUCCAACAGCCUCUUGGUCGACCUCGAUGUCACCGACAAGAGCUCCAUCGAUAAGGCCUUCGAGGCUGCAGUCAAGAAGUUCAAGCGCGUCGAUGCCGUUGUGAACAACGCCGGCUACGGUCUGAGCGGGCCCUUCGAGACACUCUCGGACAAGCAGCUCAGGCAACAGAUGGACAUCAACUUCUUUGGCUUGAUCGAUGUCACAAGAAAGGCUUUGGAGACUAUGCGAGACCUGAAGACUGGAGGUGUGAUCCAGCAGGUCACCUCUGUCGGAAGUGUACCUUCCUUCUCCAUCUACUGCGCAUCCAAGUGGGCAGUUGAAGGUUUCACAGAAGCGCUGUCAAAGGAGCUGAAGCCCGAGUGGGGCAUCAAGCUCACAUGCAUCAAGCCCGGCGGCUUCCGAACUGACUGGACUGGCCGUAGCAUGCAGUUCAGUGAAGUCAAGAACGACGUGUACGACCACAUCGGCCCGAGGAGGAAGGCACAGAACAGGCAUCACACGCAGCCUGGCGAUCCAACAAAGGCCGCUAAGGUCUUUUACGACCUGGCUGUGAUGGAUGACCCUCCUCUCCGCAGCGCUUUAGGCACCGAUGCGUACUAGGCUAUGACCAUCAAGUUCGACACAUACAAGGAGAACGUGAACAAUUUUUGAGCAGUGGACCAACAGCAUCAAUGUUGAUGGCUACAAGGUACCCAGUUAGAUGCAACACGACGUUGGAAAAACGAAAAACAUAAUAAUACAGACGCUGUACCGUUCCAGUUGAGCAACUGCGUCGCAUCGAGCGAUACGAACGAAUGUCAUUUACAAUCUCAAACACUGGUCGAAAGUCCACCUUGAGUGCCAGAGUAUGCACUCGCUAACGCACAUUGACAUCACUACGCCUUGAUCUAACUUAUCCUUCUUACAUUGUUCGGCAGGUGCUCUUUUUAG